AUGGGUGAGCAAUCAGAAGACGACUUCGAAUUGGAUUAUGAUCCGUCAGGUGCACCUGAUGUGCUUGAACGAUUACAAUUUGUGAGCGGAACCAAAGAAGAUUUUGCAUCAAUGGUUCAAGCGAGCUACGAAAGCGACCAUUGGGUGCGCAAAUUCCGUGAUUAUGAUUGCUACAGGAAAAUGUUUGGUGAUGAGAAAAUCCACUACAUCGUCGCAAAAACAAAAUAUAGUGAAUUCGUUGGCACAUGCAUAUGUUUUGAGAUGGAGAAGAUGUGUUUUGUUGGGAUCUAUUAUGUGAUACCCAAAUAUCGUUCGAAAGGUGUUGGUAAGAAGCUGUUUUCGGAAACCGUAACUGACGCGCUGAAACAACAAUACAAUAUUGGUUUGCAUGCAGUCAAAGCAAUGUCGACAAUUUACGAGAAAGAGCUUGGUUUCGAUAAGAAGGCUAACUGGUUGGUAGAUACCGUCCAAAUAAGCGAUAUUAAUUUCGAAAAACUUAAUGAUCUCAAAACUUCAAAAACCGUGAAAGGAGUCAGAGAUGUUGAAUUCGAAAAACUUGUCCAGUAUGAUGUUAGUGUUAAUAAAACGAAACGAGAAUCAUAUGUUCGACACUGGGCGUUCGAACGUAACGAUAGCGUUUGUAAGGUAUUUUUGGUUGCUCUUCUCCUUACCGAUAACAAAAAACAUCGUUUCAAAUAUAAACGGUGA